GGAAUCCGUCCGCCGGUGGUCAGAUUGCUUGCCAAUGUUGAGGUACUGGUCCACCGGUGAACGGAUUCCUGGGCAAUGUUUUGCAGGAGGAAUCCACCAACGGGUGGACGGAUUGUCUGCCUAAGUUGGCAAGGGGAACAGGUCCACCGGUGGAAUGAUUUCUUGGCAAUAUAAACGAUCAGUGAAGGGUUUUCUUUUCAUAAAUUCACUUCAAUUAUUUAAUGAAUAUUUUUUUUUUUUCAAAACAGGUUUACUAAUUAUUUUAUUCUAGUUUCAGGCCGUCUCGUGAUCGCUCAACCAAGAUGUGCCAAAUAGGUGAACGUCGCCGGUUGAACCUUCCCGUAUUUUCGUAUCGAUACCAUCACCAUCCGCGAGAACCCGAGAUCAACCGCUUUUGAAUCGGUAUGACCUAGGUUACGACCAAUUAUGUGCUGUACUAAUUAUCUAAUUAUUAUGCAACUAACUUAAUUCUAAAUUUUAGGCCGGCUCUAGAAAUUCUGAGCCACUCCGAACCAGAGGAUAUCAGCAAGCGCGGCAGCACAGGGCACGGAUUGGCCUACCUCGAACCGGAAUUCCACGCUCCAGUAUUCGGUACUCGCCAAACUCGUUAGUCUCGCUGGUGAAAGCUUCUCGUAGCAGCAGUACUAGCGGCUCGUACGGACAUCUGUCGGAUAGUGCGCUGGGACCGGCGCUUUUGCCGGGUCUACCCGGACAUCACCUGCCUACAGCCAGCAUGUUCCCGCUUCACCAUCCGCUGCAGCUGGGACAUUCUUUGGCCAAGUCGCAGCAAAUCAACGAUCUCUCUAACAAUACGCAGGAAUAGACAACCUCCGUGUCCAAUCAGUGACCCGACAAGAGGCGGACAGCACAAGCAAUGAUCUGCAGAAGACAUCCCGCGUCAUACGUGAACCUUCCCCGCACGUCCUAAUGCACAAGAGAACGGGUCGGCCAUGUUUGAAGUUUGCUGCAAGGCAUACUCCCGGCUUGAGAACCUCAAAACCCAUCUGCGAUCACACACCGGCGAGUACCCGGGUUGUAGCAAGGCGUUCAACAACGUGUCCGACCAUGCAAAACACCAGAACCGCACCUACAUCAUUGCGAAUCACUACCCGGAGGACAUGCAGAGUGGCAAGACAACGAGCAUGAGCAGUCGGAGCAUCAAGUCGGAGUCGGACACACACUCGCCGGGUCAACCGCCGAUCAGUAGUCCGAUGUCGAUCUCGGCGCUUACUGCUAGGCUGAUGGGCGAUUGCGAUGGCGGCGGCGAUUGCAGCUGGGCAGUCUCGAAGUUGAUCCGGCUUGGCCGUACGCGGACGAGGAUUUGGAGUCGCCGAUCUACCAUUCGUCCUGCGGGAAAUUGUUGACCUCGGUGGUCCGGCCACAGCGACAGCUGGUGCUCACCUGCCGGAAGUACUCGGAAUCGGUUCAAGAACCGAAUCAGGCAAUCGCCUGACAAACCUGCUUCCUCGCCCCAGUUUCCUCCUCGAAGGAAGUAAUCGAUACAACGGUGAACAUCACCUUGGCGGCCGGGACAAUUUCCAGCAGCAACGCUUGGACUUUCUCCUGUUCAUUUAGGUCACGGUAACAGAAAAGGUCGGAUCUGCAGAUGAAUAGUAAAUAAAUAUAUUGUACUUCACGAAACAUGCUUUUAUGAAUAAAAAUAAAAAAUUUCGCUGUUAAUUUAUUUUCAAUUUCAAUUUAUUUCGGAUUCCAAAAGAAAAACUUAAAGCGCCCAAAGAUAGGCAACCUACAAAGCCUCUAAAGCCAGUGAAAUAUUUCGCCAUGCUCGAACUCGCGGCAGUUCAUGAAAAUCAUGAUUUCGCCAGUUCGACCCACUUUACCAAAAAAAGUGUUAUCCGAGUUGAACUCCAAAAAUCAUGAUAAUUACCAUUUUUUUGGUUCUUUUUGGUAAGCGUGUAUAUGAAUUCCGUUUUAAACGAAAUAACCGUUUCCGCGAUCGAACCGGUUUAUGCGGAAUUCUUAUACGGUUCGAAUCAAAUUUCGUUUCAGAUUUCGAGUUGAACUGGCGGUGUAGACUCUAAAAGUGGAAUUGGGAAAUUUGCAAAAUCAA